AUGGCAUCAAGUGCAACGAUAUCUAUGCCUUCUUUAUUGGAAAUUUUUCCAUCUGGACUUCUUUCACUGGAGAGCAGGGAAAGCACAUUUGCGGUUCAGCCAUAUCUGCAAAUCAUUGUUAUUCCAGUGUUAAUCGGGCUUCUAUUUGAGCUUUCUGUUAUGGUGCCAAUUCCAGCAUUGGUGGUUGAAGCCCCGGUUUUACUCUUGCGUCAGGAUUGGGUUGUGGGAUUCCUCUUCUUUAAGCUGUGGAGGACACUGGUUUUACUGAACCAUAGGAUUGUUCUGAUGGACGAAAGUUGGCGGUUUAAGUUUGAGAGGGUGAGAGAGAAUGAUUUCUUGAAGCUUCCAAGGCGUUGGAUGCUGCAGGAAAUAUUGAUUCCAAUCGUUAUGAAUCUGUUACUGUCUCUCUGCCUUCUCUACGUUUUGACAAGAUGGAUAGUUCCCUUGCUUUGGUUUUUGCUAACAGUAAAUUCAACUGUUUAUCGGUUUACUUGGGUAGCCUGUGUGACCAUAGUUGUACUGUUUUCCUGUGCCCAAAGAUUUAAUGGUUGGAUCACCAAGCUUCACAAUUCUAUCAGAGAUGACCGUUAUUCUGGUUUGGGGCUGCAAAAUUUUGGUGAAGCAGCAACGGAGAGCGAAAAUGAGAUUGGGAGAUGGCUAGCAGAGUCUCAUGGACUCUAA